GUAAAUUUGCUAGCUCUUAUAUCUUCUGGAUUGUAAAUUAGCAGGUUUUGCACUGUGGGAACUGUUAUUCUGUGCAAGAAACUCUCAUUUUCAAGUUAUCAGUGUUUUGCUUCAAGUGGGUAGGGUAAAGUAGUGAUUUUUGUGGCCUCAGGUUUGAUUUGUCGAAUUGAGGGUUUAUCUGAUAGUUAGAUUUUGUAUCUUCUUGGUGUUUUAUGGAUGGGUUAUGUGUUUUGUUUUCUGAUUUGUGACCAAAUCUGGGUUGCUACUGUAGCUAAUGUUGUGAUUUAUUUUGUGUGACAUGAGUUUAGUGAUUAUGGGUACUGAAGAAGAGGAUAAUAAGAUAGAAAUAUAGAAAUCUGGGAAUGCUGAUAACGGGGUGAAUGUAUUGAGACCGGGAACUGGUUCUGUGAGAAGGAGGGUUAGUUGGUUAGUGGGCAUAAUGGGUGGCAUGUGUUGCAAGCCCUCUGCCAUUGAAGACAGUAAGGAGAGUCCAAGGGAGCGUUUAUCGAGCAAGGCUGUGUCGGACUUGCGUGUAUCUAGGGGAACUUCAUCGAGGAGGGAGGAAGUUUUUAGGGUAAAAGAUAGAUAUGAUAACAAUGAGGGAAGAACGACAUUGAUUGAUAAGCAAGGGAAUGGUUCUGCUAGAGUGCAAGGUGAUAGUAUUGAAAGAAAGAGGGAGAAAAUGGAAUAUGCUGUUGCUCCACAUCCGGGGAUUGGUAGUGUUCCCAAAGCCAUGGAAGGUGAACAGGUUGCAGCUGGGUGGCGCCGAUGGAAGGAAGCAGAGGGGGAGGGAGGAGAAGAUAGCUUUGUUAUUGUAUUCAUUACAUUUACAUCCAGGGGUGAUAACAGGUUCAACUCUGAAGUUAGUGCAUGA